AUGACAUUAUCAGGAAAGAAUUGGAUUUUUUAUGGACUCGUUAUCGAUCAUAUCGGUACUAAGUUCGGAUACUCUGAGAUCACUCAGUGUAUCGAACAUUAUGAAGGUUCGAAACCGCUCAAGGAGCUCCAUAUCACUGCCUUCGAUCAUUUACCGGAAGAUAAGAAGCUAAGUAAAAGAGAAAUACUUAUAUCUCGCGGCCGUAAAUUUGUGGGCAUACAUGGAAAGCGUCAUCUCUGGUUCAAAGAUGCCCCUGGAAAAUCGUCAGGCUAUAUUUCCAAUGCCUUGAUAUUAGUUUAG